CUCGGGCCCGAGCAGCCCAGAGAGCCUCUGAUCACAGCACAGCCUUGGACUUACCUCAAGGGAAAUUAACCCCAAAACCUCUCCGCAAGGCCGUGGCCCUGAGCGUAUGCCCCAGCAAAAGCUAGGGAUGAGCACCUCCCUGAGCUACAAGACCUUCUCCAAAGAGCAGCAAACUAUGGAUAACCUGGAGAAACAGCUGAUCUGCCCCAUCUGUUUGGAGAUGUUCACCAAGCCAGUGGUCAUCCUGCCCUGCCAGCACAACCUCUGUCGGAAGUGUGCCAGUGACAUCUUCCAGGCCUCCAACCCCUACCUGCCGACCAGGGGAGGCACAACUGUGGCGUCGGGCGGCCGCUUCCGCUGUCCCUCCUGCAGGCACGAGGUGGUCCUGGACCGGCACGGCGUCUAUGGGCUGCAGAGGAACCUGCUGGUGGAGAACAUCAUCGACAUCUACAAGCAGGAGUCCACAAGACCUGAAAGGAAGUGUGACCAGCCAAUGUGUGAAGAGCACGAAGAUGAGAGAAUUAAUAUUUAUUGCUUGAACUGUGAAAUGCCCACCUGCUCCCUGUGUAAAAUCUUUGGUGCCCACAAAGACUGUCAGGUUGCUCCUCUCACAAAUGUUUACCAGCAACAGAAGUCUGAGCUGAGUGAUGGCAUUGCAGUCCUGGUGGGGAGCAAUGACAGAAUGCAAGGGAUUGUCACGCAGCUGGAGGAGACCUGCAAGUCGGUUGAGGAAUGCUGCAGACGACAGAAAGAGCAGUUGUGUGAAAAAUUUGAUUAUCUCUAUUCUGUACUGGAAGAAAGAAAAAAUGAGAUGACACAAAUAAUCACUAGAACCCAAGAGGAGAAACUGGAACACGUCCGCUCCCUGAUAAAGAAGUAUGCGGAUCACUUGGAAGCUGUGUCAAAACUGGUUGAAUCAGGAAUCCAGUUCAUGGAAGAACCAGAAAUGGCCGUGUUUUUGCAGAAUGCCAAAACAUUGCUACAAAAAAUUACUGAAGCUUCUAAAGGAUUUCAAAUGGAAAAAAUAGAGGAUGGGUAUGAAAAUAUGAACCAAUUCACAGUGAACCUCAGUAGAGAAGAAAAAAUAAUACGAGAAAUUGAUUUUGACAGAGAGGAAGAGGAAGAAGAAGAAGAGGAGGAGACAGAGGAUGGCGAAGGCCUGGGGGAAGUCCACACAGAGUCAUCAGGAGAGGAAGAAGAGGAGGAAGAGGUAGAAGAGGAAGGGGCAGAGAGAGCACCACAGCCACCUCAGCAGGAUCCUGAAGCACAGAGUGCAGGGGGAGAGCCCCUGGCUGAGCCCACUCCAGCGCCAGUGCUGGCUGCCUCAGCUGGUCAGGAUGUUGUUGUGACACCAAGUGGUUCUCAACAGACUCCUGAGUCUGACACUCAAGUGCCGGCCACAGCAGAAACCACCGACCCCUUGUUUUACCCUAGCUGGUAUAAAUCACAGUCACGGCAAGCAAGCAGUCCAAGCCCGGUGAGUGGGCUGGGGAAAGUAGGGACUCCUGUUUCUCUGGAAACAAGUGCAAAGAAGGCAGAAGCCCCGACAGAAGCAGCAACAAUCGAGGAGAGUGCACCAGGGAGUGGUAAGGAAAGUAAUGCCACUGCAGCGACGUCCAAGCCUGGUUCUGAACCACACCCUCAAGGACAAGUGGAGGAAGCUCCCGUGAGCAGUGAGAGGGGUGACGAGCCGGCUCGUCAUGUCUUCUCCUUCUCCUGGUUGAACUCACUGAAUGAAUGAUGACUCACUCUGGCUGGCUUCUGGUGUGCUUCUCCUCAGAAGGACCGUGAGUGCAGGCAGCCUGCCUGCAGUCAGCAAAGAAACUG